UUUCUUCUGGUAGCAAUACCAACAGUUCCUUUUCCCCUGUCCUGCCCAACUCGGCAGCUUCCCUUUCUCCCACAACCCCAGCUCCUCCAGAUCUCGAUGCGGCGCAAGCUCGCCGGCGACGCGCCAGCGUCGGCUUCGGCCGGCGGCGGCUCAGCCCCGUCCGAAGCAGACCUGGCGCAGCUCUCCACCGCCAUCUCGGCGGGGGAGGACCUGGGCCCGUUUGUCCGGCGUGCGUUCGCCUGCGGGCGGCCGGAGCCGCUUCUAUCCUCGCUCCGCGCCGUCGCGCGGGACCGCGAGUCCGAGAUCGAGGAGCUCUGUCGCGCGCACUUCCACGACUUCAUCCGCGCCGUCGACGACCUCCGCUCUCUUCUCGCCGACGCCGAGGUGCUCAAGGGCUCCCUCUCCGCCUCCCACUCCGCACUCCUGUCAUCUUCAGCGCCGCUGCUUGCCUCGCUCGAGUCGUUCCUUGCCGCGCGAGCUCUCGCCGGGAACCUCUCAUCCGCUCUCGCCUCCUCCCACCGCUGCGUCCGCCUGCUCGCGCUCGCCGCUCGGGCUAAUGACCACCUCCAGGCCGGCAACCACAGUCUCUACCUCGCCCUCCGCGCCGUCGAUGCCAUUGAUCUCAACCUUGCCUCUCGCCCCGACCCGCUGCCUCUUCCUGCCCUUCGCCGCAUGCUGCUCAGCCUCGUACCCGCGGUGCGCGUCCACGCUGAGCGCGAGAUCUCCAGGGAGUUCGCCGACUGGAUGGUCAGCAUCCGGGCUGCUUCGCGGCACCUUGGACAAGUGGCCAUUGGCCGCUCAGCUGCCGCUAGGCAGCGCCAGGAGGAGCUCCGCUCCAAGCACCGCCCGCUGGAGGAGUCGAUCACCCUGGACGAUGACGGAGCUGGUGACCUCGACGACUUUGCUGCAGCCACGGCGACGUCUGAUGGGUCGGAUGGUGCCGCUGCAGCAUCGUUUGACCUCACACAGCUCUACCGUGCCAUGCACAUACACCAGACACUGGCGCUUGGGGAGCGAUUCAAGAAGUACUACCUGGAGAACAGGAAGCUCCAGCUAACAUCCGACUUCGAUGUGAUUGCGGCAACACCAUUCCUCGAGUCUCAUCAGGUGUUCUUCGCGCAGAUUGCUGGAUUUUUUAUUGUCGAGGACCGUGUGUUUCGAACAGGGGGUGGACUUACAUCCCGGGUGGAUGUAGAUGCAUUGUGGGAGGCUGCACUAGGAAAGAUGAUCUCCGUGCUGGAAGAUAACUUCUCCAGGAUGCAGACAGCAAACCAUCUGCUUCUCAUAACUGAUUAUGCUGCCUUGCUUGCUGCCACAAUGAGGAGAUAUAGUUAUCCAGUUGGGAUGCUACUCGACGUGCUGGCUAAGCAUCGGGACAAGUACCAUGACUUGCUGCUUGCUGAUUGCCGGAGACAGGUGGCAGAGGCACUGGCUGCAGAUAAGUUUGAUCAGAUGCUCAUGAGGAAGGAGUAUGAGUAUUCAAUGAAUGUGCUUGCUUUUGGGAUUCAGAGCUCUGAUAUCACACCGGCAUUCCCAUAUGUCGCGCCGUUUUCAUGCACUGUGCCAGAUAUUUGUCGUAUUGUGCGGUCAUUCAUUGAGGACUCGGUGAGCUUCAUGGCGCAUGGGGGCGGUGGUGACACAUAUGCAGCGGUGAAGAAGUACCUUGGUCGGAUACUCUCAGAGGUUGUGAAUGCUUCGAUACAGAAGCUUGUGGAUUCAGGCAGUGGUCUCAGUGUCUCUCAGGCAAUGCAGGUUGCUGCAAACAUGUCCAUAAUGGAGCGUGCGUGUGAGUUUUUUACACGCCAUGCAGCGCAAUUGUGUGGUGUGCCUCUACGCGCAGUAGAGCGUGGGCGGCGUGACUUUCCACUUCGCAAGUCUCGUGAUGCUGCAGAGGCGCUUCUGCUGCGGCUAUUGUGUUCCAAGGUUGAUGAAUUCAUGCGGCAAUCUGAUGGUGUCAACUGGAUAGCUGAUGACCCACCUGCUGGGGGCAAUGAGUAUGCCAAUGAGGUCACUAUCUAUCUGGAGACUCUUACUUCAACUGCUCAACAGAUCCUUCCGCUUCCAGUGCUCCGUCGUGUUCUUGUUGCAGUUCUUGUGCAUAUCUCUGAGAGGAUUAUUGCCCUAUUCUUGAAUGACUCAGUGAAGCGGUUUAGUGCUAGCGCGGUCAUCGGUAUAGAUACUGAUCUUAAAAUGUUUGAGUCAUUCGCAGAGAACAUGUCGAGCCUGUUCCUGGACUCUCAUCAGGAUUCUGCAGCAAGUGAAAUGAAGUCUGCACUGGUGGAGCCGAGGCAGCUGGUGAAUCUUCUUAUGAGCAACAGCCCAGAGAACUUCCUUAACCCAGUGAUCCGUGAGAAGAGCUACAAUAAGCUUGAUUAUAAAAAGGUGGCAAUUAUCUCGGAGAAGUUCAGGGAUACCUCAGAGAGCUAUUUCUCAACAUUUGGAACUAGGGGUGCUAGGCAGAAUCCAAAGAAGAAAUCUCUGGAUACCCUUAUCAAGAGGCUUCGAGAAGCUAGCUAGCCUCUACCCUGCAGUAAGAUAAUACUCCCUCCUUUCCAUAAUGUAAGACGUUUUUUGACACUAGUGUCAAAAAACGUCUUACAUUAUGGGACGGAGGGAGUAGUUGCAUGUAAUUUAGCUUGUAUGUGGUGUGCAUUAUGUGUGUUAAAAUCAUUGUUCUUCUACGUACUACAAUUUUCUUGAAGGUAGAGUGCUUGUUCCAUAUGUCUGGAUAUCUUAAUUUUGAUUCUUUUAUUUACUCGUAAACAGUAUGAUCAAGAAUUCAAGAUAUAGUACAUCAUUUGUUUU